AUGUCAAUACAAUUCACACCAACAACACAUCACAAAAUUCCAAAAAUUUCACUUUCAUCCAGAAAAUUUCCCAAUCACAAAAUUAAUCAGAAAAAUUUGAAUAUAUCACUAAUUGAAAUUUUACAAAGUUUUGGUAUUAUUGUUAAGACUAGAAUUAAUUAUCAUAAUAGGAGGAAGAGAGAAGAUUUUGAACAGCAAUUUUUGGAGGAAUUGAUGAAUAAUAAGUGGAAUUAUGAACCGAUACUGGAUCAAUCGAAUUUAGAGAAAGUAUCUGAAAUGGAAGAGCAAGUUUUAAAUGGAAAUUUGCAUACCGGUACCUAUUCUGAUGAUGCCUAUUUGGUGAAUAUUAAGAGAUCAAAGAUUAUUAUUCGAUUUAAAUGUGAUUUGGAUCACAAUGAAAACAAAAAGGAUUCGAAUAGAAUUGAUAUUACAAAUGAAAAGUUGCAAAAAGAUUUCUUCAAUUCUAUUAUCAAUGUAAAGAGAAAAGAUGUUAAUGUUUUUCACAUCAAUCUUGAUUUGAAAUUUGAUUCAAUUAUAGAAAUUGUAAAUUAUUUAAAUAUUUCCAAUCUCAGUAGUGAAAAUUUAAUGUUGGAAAAUGAAAUACUUUCGAGAUUAGUCGAAAUUCUUGAUGUAGAUCAUGAAAAGAAACAAGUUUAUAUCAAACUCAAAACAUUUGACACAACAGACAACAAAUCAAAAACGAAUCUAUCAAAUUUCUUUCUAAUAGGAAAAAUUGAUGGAACUGAUUCAUGUUUCAUGCUAGACAUGACCUACCAUCACUAUACUGACAGACAAUUGAAAACAAUUGAUAGUAUUUACAAAUUCUACACACCAGAAUCCCUUAAAAGAAGAAUUUACAGUAAGGGAAUUCCAAAUGCUUUUCAUGAUUGUAAAGAAAUUGGAAUUUACAGAGUUUUGAUUGGAUGCUUCUUCUCAUGUUUGACAGAUAGGUCAGGAGUUGGAAAUUCUAAACCUCGUCCAUACGAUCAUAUCAAUAAUAGAUUUAAUCCAAAGAUUAUUCUCAACGAUAAUUGUAUAAUAAUUUCAGAGCUUGCUAACCCAUGGAGAAGUGACUAUGCAGGAGGAAUAAUUGAAACAGGAUUUUAUAAUUUUAAAUUGCCAGCGUUUUGUAAAUUUGACAAUGUGAAAAGAUUGGAUUUCAGGAGAGAAGUUUAUCAUUUCUCAUUAUAA